AUGGUAACCCUUCGAGCAGAUGAAAUUAGUAAUAUUAUCCGCGAACGUAUUGAGCAAUAUAACCGAGAGGUAAAGGUUUUAAAUACGGGUACUGUGCUUCAAGUAGGAGACGGCAUUGCUCGUAUUUAUGGUCUUGAUGAAGUAAUGGCGGGUGAAUUAGUAGAAUUUGAAGAGGGUACGAUAGGAAUUGCUCUGAAUUUGGAAUCAAAUAAUGUUGGUGUUGUAUUAAUGGGUGACGGUUUGAUGAUACAAGAGGGGAGUUCUGUAAAAGCAACGGGAAGAAUUGCUCAGAUCCCAGUAAGCGAGGCGUUUUUAGGUCGUGUUGUAAAUGCACUGGCUAAACCUAUCGAUGGUCGGGGUGAAAUUUCAUCCUCUGAAUCCCGGUUAAUUGAGUCUCCUGCUCCUGGUAUUAUUUCGAGACGUUCCGUAUACGAGCCCCUUCAAACAGGACUUAUUGCUAUUGAUUCGAUGAUCCCUAUAGGGCGCGGCCAGCGGGAAUUGAUUAUUGGGGACAGACAGACCGGUAAAACAGCAGUAGCUACAGAUACGAUUCUCAAUCAACAAGGGCAAAAUGUAAUAUGUGUUUAUGUAGCGAUUGGUCAAAAAGCAUCGUCUGUGGCUCAGGUGGUGACUGCUUUACAGGAAAGGGGGGCAAUGGAAUACACUAUUGUGGUAGCUGAAACGGCGGAUUCUCCGGCUACAUUACAGUACCUUGCUCCUUAUACAGGAGCAGCCCUGGCUGAAUAUUUCAUGUACCGCGAGCAACACACUUUAAUCAUUUAUGACGAUCUCUCCAAACAAGCGCAGGCUUAUCGCCAAAUGUCUCUUCUAUUACGAAGACCGCCGGGCCGCGAAGCGUAUCCGGGAGAUGUUUUUUAUCUACAUUCACGCCUUUUGGAAAGAGCCGCGAAAUUAGGUUCUCUUUUAGGUGAAGGAAGUAUGACUGCUUUACCAAUAGUUGAGACCCAAUCGGGGGAUGUUUCGGCUUAUAUUCCUACUAAUGUAAUUUCCAUUACAGAUGGACAAAUAUUCUUAUCUGCUGAUUUAUUCAAUGCUGGAAUCAGACCAGCUAUUAAUGUGGGUAUUUCUGUUUCCAGAGUAGGAUCGGCAGCUCAAAUUAAAGCCAUGAAACAAGUAGCUGGUAAAUUAAAAUUGGAAUUGGCGCAAUUUGCAGAAUUAGAAGCCUUUGCACAAUUUGCUUCUGAUCUCGAUAAAGCUACUCAGAAUCAAUUGGCAAGAGGUCAACGAUUACGUGAGUUGCUCAAACAAUCUCAAUCCGCCCCCCUUGCGGUGGAAGAACAGAUAUUGACUAUUUAUACCGGAACGAACGGUUAUCUUGAUUCAUUAGAAAUUGGACAGGUAAGGAAAUUUCUUGUUGAGUUACGUACUUACUUAAAAACGAAUAAACCCCAGUUCCAAGAAAUCAUAUCUUCUACCAAGACAUUUACCGAGGAAGCGGAAACCCUUUUGAAAGAAGCUAUUCAGGACCAAAUGGAACGUUUUCUACUUCAGGAACAGGUAUAA